CGCGCGCCCCUCUUUCGAAGCCGCUCUCGCGCUCGUGCCAGCAAGCCGCAGUUCUCGAGAUUCUCGGAGUUCCAUUAGAGACGGCGUCGCAGGUGGUUUGUCAGCUCAGGAAAAGAAGAUAAUUGGACAAGAAAUAAAGAAAUGAAAACACAAUAAACAAGAGAACGUCGAAAAAACAAGAAAUCAUUAUUUAGCGACGCUGGCCCGGAGGAGGCAAUCCCGACGUAUGGGAUUCCUACCUCGUCAAAAAGAUUUCCCUACUUUUAAAGACGACGAAAGAUGUCCAGCAACUGCCGAGAGUCACCUGCUGCGGACAGCAUUAUUACCCCAAAUCUUCAGUCCAGCAUUCAAGAAUGCAUGGAAGCUCUGGAUCUCUUUCUUAACAACCAGUUUGAUGAAAGCUUAGCAAAGCUGUUUCCAAGGAUUAAAGAAAGCAUGUAUCAUGCCCUUGUCUAUGCCAUCAUUUUGGAAAUGCAAGCCAUGAUGACAUUUGAGCACUCCGACAUCAUUACUGCAGGCAGUGUCAUGAAGGAAGCACAGGAUGUGUGUCAGAGGUUCAGAAAGAAGUCCUCUAUGGUUGGGUCCAUUACAAGCUUAGUGAACAAAAACACGGGAGAAACAUAUACAGAAGAGGAACUCCAUGCUGAAGUUUGCUAUGCUGAAUGUUUGCUUCAGAGAGCAGCGCUUACUUUCCUACAGGAUGAAAAUAUGGUGAGCUUUAUCAAGGGUGGAAUUAAAGUGCGUAACAGUUACAUGAUCUACAAGGAACUCCAUAAUUUUUUUCAGUUCCAGAAUUUCCAACAAGGAGCUAGUCACAUACACUUGCAAGGAGGGGUGUCAUUGGGGAUUGGGGCUUUUAAUUUGACCCUGUCUCUUUUUCCUCCUCGAAUAUUAAAGCUUCUAGAGUUUGCUGGAUUUUCUGGGAGUAAGGAAUACGGUCUGUCUCAACUACAUGAAGGAGCCAGCUCCAUAAACCUGCGUUCCUUGUUGUGCACCAUGCUCCUGCUCUGCUAUUACACUUACAUCACCUUCAUUCUUGGGACAGGGGAGGAUGACACAUUAGAGGCAGAGAAUCUAAUCAAGCCCUACUUGAGCCAUUAUCCCAAAGGGGCCAUAUUCCUGUUCUUUUCUGGCAGAUUGCAGGAAAUUAAAGGUAACAUUAAUGAGGCAAUUGCCCGUUUUGAAGAUGGCUGUGCUGCCCAGCAGGCCUGGAAGCAGUUCCAUCACAUGAGUUUCUGGGAGCUGAUGUGGUGUUACAGCUUCAAGCAGAACUGGAGGAUGGCCUACUUCUAUGCAGAUUUACUUAGCAAGGAGAGCCGAUGGUCCAAGGCUAUGUAUGUGUAUAUGAAAGCAGCCUACUUGAGUAUGUUGCCACCAAAUGAAGCGAGACCUUUUGGAGAAGAUGAAGUUGAACUUUUCAGACAGGUGCCUACAUUCAAACAGAAGAUUGCUGGCAAGUCCCCUCCUACUGAAAAGUUUGCAAUUCGCAAAGCACGGCGCUACAAAGCAAGUUCUCCUGUGAAACUUCCAGUGCCUGUGUUGGAGAUGAUGUAUAUAUGGAAUGGUUUCACCAUGGUUGGGAAAUGUAGGGUCCUGACAGAUGGUAUUUUGGAGACGCUGCUGGAUGCAGAACGUCUGCUGCAGAGUACACCAGCUAAUGAAUAUUCAGUUGACGACAGCUGUGUUAUCACUCUGUUGAAAGGACUCUGCUUAAAACACCAAGGUGAUAUCAGUCAGGCAGAAAAAUGUUUCUCAUCUGUUAUUCAGAGUGAGAAAAAGAUUCGGUUUGACCAUUAUCUGGUUCCCAACGCUAUGCUUGAACUAAGUCUGCUGCGUAUCAAACAGGGACGUAAGGAAGAGGCAAUUAAAAGUUUGCAGCGAGCCAAGAGUAACUACAAGGACUACUCAAUGGAAUCUCGGACAUUGUUUCGUAUUCAUGCAGCACUUUCCAAAUUAAAAGCUGAGCCCCACGAGAAUGGAGAGGGCCCCAGCAGCGAACUGUAAAGGAACAGUUGUCACACUUUCCUAGGAGGACUUCUGCACAUAGUAGCAGUCAGAAAAAAAAUAAUGAGAAAGGGGUGGGAAGAAAAAGGGGAGCACAAUUCUUCUGUCGCUUGCUUCUGACCACCCUGGGUCCUCAGGUUCACAUGGGCAAGUGAGAGGCUACAUGGCUUUCACCUAAUUAACAGGCGCAAAAGCUUAAGGAGAGUCCUUAAUUCUUGUCAUAUACAUUCAAGGAUUCCGACUUUUUAUUAUGUUUUACAGUUACUGUACAUUUCCUACCUUAUUUGUAUCACACCAGAGGUCUUAUCAUUAUUCCUUGAUAGAGGGAGCCUGGAGCUCACAAUGACUUUUUUUAGGCAUCACUGAUCUGCAUCAACCAAUAGAAACCUGACAUCUGUUGGUGUAUUAUGCACAGUAUUUUGAAAUCUGUUUUAGAUUGUAAAUGAAACCAUUAUUAGACCUCUUCUUAGGUCCCUAGAGGCAAAAUAAUAUGCCCUUUGCAAACAUAACUGCACUGUGUGUGUGUAGCCUCUGUGUAACUGAAAGUGCCAACUCUGACAUCCGUUGUGAAAUGUUAUGAACGAGAGCUUCCUGACGACUGCCCCAAACCCUGGGGCUUGAUCGUUAAAAGAAUAAUCCUGCAUUCUUUACAAUCCGGGGUCAGAAAUUUACAUUUAUUUAAUUAUUCCCAAGAUGCUGGGGUGCACAGAGGAUAUUUAGAAGGUAACAGAAUUGUUGGGCAUUGAAAUUGCAGAUUUUAUUUGAUGUCUGUCUGUAUGUAUGUGUGUCUGUAUGUAUGUAUGUAUACACCUUAAGAAAAUUUGGCCAAGUGCAAAUAUUUGUGAAUAAUCUUGUAUAUGUUUAAUUUAUUAAGCCUCAUCAAAUUUUUGAGCCUUCUAUUUUUGACCUUCUGUAAUUAAUUCAUAAAAUAAAUCUUACAAAGAAA